UCUUUCUCGUCCGAGUCAAUGCAGAAAAUGAGGAGGAUACUUCCUCACCUCCUCGGACUCUUCGGCCGUGUGGUAAGUUUGAAGGGAUUUUCCAAAUGCACAGACCACGACCUGCUUUUACAAGUCUCCCCUUCUCCAGUUCCCGAGUCUACUGCCGUGUUAAACUGAGAAACUCCAUAAUAUAUCUGAAGCCAGCAGGAACAACAAAAAUAAUUAUCCAAACACUUGUCUGUUUUAUCGAUCCGUAGAGUAAUAGGUUGUUGCUGGGGAAUUGGGAGUUUAAUUGGGAAAUGGCUUAUGUCUCCCUUGUUGUUUUCUUUCUUCUUUCAUACCUCGGGUUGCUUCUUUCGGCCGGACAUGUAGAAACAUACCCCCAUAACUUCUGUCCAUUUCGUUGUGGAGAUCUGGAGAGGAUCGGCUUCCCAUUCAUCAAUAAUAUCGAAGCCUCGAAAUGUGGUGUUGGCAUCGUAAGUUGUAGAAAUGAAACCAAGACGAUCGAACUGGUGAUCGGUGGAAGACAGUACGAACUUACAAGCAUUAGAAGUAGUCAUGAACAGCCUAAUGCUUAUGUCCUGGGUGUCUGGGACCAGAAGCUUUCCGAGAACGUGUCUUCCGGUAGAUGCGAAUUCAUAACCAAUCCGACCAUCCCCCCCAAUUCUCCAUCCAUCUCUUUUCAACUCGAUUCACCCAUUCGGACCCUGUUCAAAUGCAACCACACUGUCGAAUCUAGUAUUGACCAGACAGAAUCGAACGAUAUUAAGUGCAACGACAAUUAUAAAGUCUACGAUCGUCUUCCAAGAGAGAGUAUUCCUUCUGGAUGUUCCAUUAUUCAUCUCCCAUAUAAUAAGACAGAGGGAAGUGACCCGUAUCAACCAGGACCACCAAUAGUACCCGCUGAGUUCGAACUUCUAGUGCAUGUGCGGGAAGAUUGUUACCAGUGCGAUGAGAGAGAAGGUCAAUGCCCGGUUAACCUCGACAGAAAAUUUAAUUGUCCAAAGAAAGGGAAGAAGAGUAAAGUGUUGGAGAUAGCCUUGGCCACUUUAUCUGUUGUCAUUGGAGUUCUAAUAGUUAUUGGCCUCAGAUUCAGGCGAAAGUUUAGAUCCAUUUUAAACAAUGAAAGUCUAACACAUCAAAAUGUUGAAGCCUUUCUAAGGAAUAAUGGACCCUUUGGUAUAAGAAGAUACAGUUACUCAGAUAUAAAGAAAAUGACCAACUUCCUCAAAGAUAAAUUAGGCCAAGGAGGUUAUGGUAGUGUCUACAAGGGGAAGUUACAAGAUGGGUCUUUGGUGGCAGUAAAAGUUUUGAAAGGAUCAAUAGGAAAUGGAGAGGAAUUCAUAAACGAGGUUGCCAGCAUUAGUAGGACCUCACAUGUCAACAUUGUUACUCUUAGGGGCUUUUGUUUUUAGGGUUCCAAAAGAGCUCUUGUUUAUGAAUUUAUGCCUAAUGGAUCUCUAGAGAAGUUCAUAUUUAAAAAAGAUUCACCAUCUGAUCAUCAAUUGCAAUGGGAAACAUUGUAUAAGAUUGCAGUUGGCAUAGCUCGAGGAUUGGAGUACUUGCAUAGAGGUUGUAACAAUCGAAUCUUGCAUUUUGACAUAAAGCCUCACAAUAUUCUUUUAGAUGAGAACUUUUGCCCAAAGAUUUCGGAUUUUGGCCUCGGGAAAGUAUGCCCUAGAGAACAAAGUAUCAUAUCAAUGUUGGGUGCAAGAGGAACUGCAGGAUAUAUAGCUCCAGAAGUAUUUUGUAGAAACUUUGGAGGGGUCUCACACAAAUCAGAUGUUUAUAGCUAUGGAAUGAUGAUUUUGGAAAUGGUUGGAGGUAGAAAGAAUAUAGACACUGAGGUUGAUCGUACCAGUGAAAUAUUCUUUCCAUAUUGGGUUUAUAGGCGCCUUGAACUCGAUGAAGAACUAACAUUGAAUGGUCUCAUGACUGAAGAGGAUCGACAAAAUGCAAAAAAGAUGACAAUAGUGAGCUUGUGGUGCAUACAGACUAACCCAUCAAACCGGCCUGGAAUGAGUAGAGUUGUCGAAAUGUUGGAAAUGAGCCUUAACUUCUUACAAAUCCCUCCUAAGCCUUUCUUGUCUUCCCCGUCAAGAUUAGAAGCUGAUUCUUCGACUACAAUGGUUCUAUCUCACUCUAGUUCUAUAGUGCCCUAAAAAGAAUCUUUUUCUUGAAUACAAAAUCUUAAUUCUCAAAAGCAAUGGUGUAUGUUUUUUAGUUUUAUCAAAUAUUAGCCAGCUGAUGCACCUUCAGUUGAAGACUUGCCUAACUUUGAUUGCUUAAAAUAUGCAGUAUUAUUUGGCUUGAUA